CGCACGUGCGAAGCUUCUAUAAAAGUUCAAACGCGAGUGGAAAUCGCAUAGCGAAAAAGGAACAGGAAUAUUCAGCUUCCUUAUUCGUUACCCCGCCAACACUCCUCGGCGAAUCACCGGAAUAUCCCAUCUCCGGCCCAAGGUGCAAGUGUUCGUGUUGGUAUGCCGUACCUGGUGCGUGAGCAUUUAUUUAUUGGCAACAUUGGUGAUGCUGCGGAUGUUCUCCAGAAGGACUCUAAUGAAAUCACACAUAUACUGUCAGUUCUUAGUUCAGAAUCCAUUUCUUUCUUCUCGGAGUGGCGUAGUGGGAUCUCAAUUCCGUGCAAAGAAAUCCGGAAGGUCUAUGCUGGGGACUCAGGAUCGGAGGAUGUUCCACAUGACAUGUCAAAGUCUGCUUUAUCACCAGAUAAGCUGCUUUAUUCACUGGAGUAUGCUGGUAAGGAUUUGAAGAUUGUGAGGAUGGCUGUACCUAUAAGGGAUAUGGAAAGUGAAAAUUUGCUGGACCAUUUGGAUGUGUGCUUGGAUUUUAUUGAAGAUAGUAGGAAAGAAGGUUCAGUUCUUGUCCACUGCUUUGCAGGCGUAUCAAGGAGUGCAGCAAUAAUUACAGCAUACCUGAUGAAAUGUGAACAGCUACCAUUAGAAGAUGCUAUUGAAUCCUUGAAGCAGAGCUGUGAAUCAGUGGGCCCUAAUGAUGGUUUCUUGGAGCAGCUGAAAAUGUUUGAACAAAUGGGGUUUAAAGUUGAUCGUGCAAGCUCCAUAUACAAGCGCUUUCGGUUAAAAAUAUUAGGUGAUUCCUAUAAUCGUGGGGAACAAAUAGAUGGUUCGAAGUUUGGUGCAGAUCCUGGAUUGCCAGCAGGAACUGUUUCCUCAAAUGCUGAAGCAUCACCUGGCAUACAGGCCCCUCCUACUCGUGCAUUCCGAUGCAAAAAAUGCCGUAGAGUCAUUGCAUUGCAGGAAAAUAUUUUGGAUCAUGUUCCAGGAGAGGGUGAAUCAUGCUUUGAUUGGCAUAAAAGGAGGGGUGGAAAUCCUUUCAGAAGACCCAGUGACGAGGAGUGUUCUUCCAUCUUUGUUGAGCCUCUUCGCUGGAUGAAAACAGUGGAAGAAGGUGGUCUUGAGGGCAAGCUGACAUGCGCCCACUGUGAAGCUCGACUAGGUUACUUCAACUGGUCAGGGAUUCAGUGCAGUUGCGGGAGUUGGAUCACACCGGCCUUCCAGCUUCAUAAAAGCCGAGUGGACAUCAGUACUCUCUAGAUCCAAACUGUGGAAGUUCCAUCGACUGCAUUAUAUGUGCUUUGGGUCUUGCCUCAAGCUAUGAUCUCAUUUAGUCCACUCAAUCAUACGAGUAUAAAAUUUGUUUGAAAACGGCUCUUUCCUACUUGUGUUUGAAUAAUUGCGAAUUUGCCGGUCUAUUCUGGCAUGAGUUCGAUUGAUGAAGUAAAUUUUGUGUUUCCUGCUUGUGAUUAA